AUGAUGAUCCGAUGGCUUGUGCUUUCCGGGGUUCCGAUCUUGGCUUCUCUCUUAGACAAUUGUUAUCCAGGUUACAACCAGUCACAUUAUGAUCCUGAUCGCCAGCUUGAUUUGAAUUGUUCAAACAAGACUGGCAAAUCACUUAAUUUUACGUUCAAAUCAAAUUUUGUAAGACUGUUAAAAGAUAAGCUGAACCUAACGCUCUGGCCACCCUAUAACUGCACGCUGGAGGUGAAUGCAACAAAUUCAACGAUUGUCCAAGAGAAAGUAACUGCAGAACAAGGCUUUUGGACCCCUCUGACGCACGUCAAAAAGGAACCAGAUGCCAUCGCCUCCAAAUUGUUCGACACAUACAAGUCCAGAAGUCUAUAUAUUCCAGAAAUGCUGACGAAUGCACUGUCUUUUGGUUGCAAUUUUGGAACAAUGUCAAGUGGAUCAUUUUUUUCGGAAUCUUAUUUUGCCUGUAUUGUUGAAGACAAACCUUCUCUAGUUUGUUGA